AUGGCUCUGAUUGGAAGAGACCGAGCCUUGGGACGGAAAAUAACCAGCGAUGGUGUCCACUCCGGGCCGAGAGAGGAGCCAGACGAGCCAGACAAGGAAGACGGACUGCCUGUGUGGCCUGCUGAAGAAGGAAAAGGACCGGAACGAGGGUCUGCGGUGACACGACAGCGAGACCGCAAUAUCGUCAUAGGGUGCGAUCCCCCACAACGACAAAGAGUCGGUGGAGCCCGUCGGCCGUGCUGGAACUGCUGGCUUUUUUGGCCUAGAAAGAUUUUCUGGGACGGACUGACGAUGAUGAUGAUGAUGAUGAUGACCAUGACCGAUGUGGAUGCAGAUCUGACGGAAGUGUCACUCCUUGCUGAAAUUCCCAUCAACCUGAGUGGAUGGCUUGACCCUGGUGGUGGUGCACUGUGCAGCCUGUUCCUGCUGGACGGGAAUUUCGCUAUUUCUCCCGACCGACCGAGGAGAUGGAGCAAAUCGGCACGGGCUUUCCGGGCGUUUCGUCAACGCUUCCCACACAUUUCUACCCGCCAAGUGCGCGAUUCACAGCCUUGUGGUUGGUGCCAAGCGGCGUCUGUCUGGGGAAAACAGCAGGGACUGGUACACUUCUGGCUCCCUAUGACGACGACAACCUUGGGGAUGGGGGAUAAUAUUAUCGCACAGCCCCCCCUUGCGACCGGGGUGAAGGUUGAUGAUGACCAUGCCCCCGGCCAAGUUAGUACCAUAGAUAGCGGGCAGGAUGAAGCUCAUCAAUGCAAGUGUAAAAUGCCUCACAUCGGUGCUAAUGAAUUGCUUCAAUCCUUCCCGUGA